AUGCGCUGGUUGCUGGCAUUGCAUUGUGGGCUUGCUUUGAUUUCGGUGGCCCUGACCCGGGAGGCCCUGACCCGGGAGGACGUGGUCAAGCAGAUCCCCCGUUUCUAUGGCCUGAGACCCGGCAGAUUUGUGUUCAUCAACUGUCUCUCUUCAAACCCAAGCGAUAACGUCACGGUGGAGUGGUACAAAGCCACGGUGGACGACACUGGUGAUAAAACCAAAAUUACGGCAUCGGACAGGAUUAAAAUGAUUUCCGACACAAAGACCAAAGGCUCCAAACUCUUUAUCGAUAAAUUGCAAGUAGAAGAUACUGGAGUGUACUUCUGCAAGAUAGACACAAAAUACGGAGCUGGGACUGGUCUGCAAGUUGCCAAAACGUAUAUCAUGGCCAACGCAGAGCACAGGAGCCGGAUGAAGGAUGCAAUCAUGAUCUUCCAGGCCUUAGUGCUGGCGAUGUGUCUCGCUGCUUUACUUCGACGCAAACAUCAACUGCGCAAAGAGAAGGACUGCAUAUAUGAAGAGCCUGACACUGAUCAUAUCUACGAGGGUCUGCAGAUUGAGACGUGCGGAGGUCUGUAUGAGGAGCUUUCUGUGUACACGCACCCAGCCGAAGAAGCCGAGGCCCCAUGGGAGUGA